AUGAGGUACCGCGGAGUGAGGAGGAGGCCGUGGGGCCGAUACGCGGCGGAGAUACGAGACCCGACGUCGAAGGAGCGACGGUGGCUCGGCACCUUUGACACGGCGGAGGAAGCUGCCUGUGCCUACGACUACGCCGCUCGAACAUUACGUGGCUCAAAAGCUCGCACCAACUUCACUUAUCCGACGGCUGUCGUUGUUCCUGAACCUAGGUUCACCUUCUCCGGAAAGAGAUCUCAGCCGUUCGUUCCGCCGUCCACCCACUUGAUCUCCGGAUUUUACGGUGCAUCCGCUCCGCAGAGGAUUACUCCCUCCCCCGACAUGUAUCGCUUCCGCGACGUUUUCACUCCCACUGCUGACGCCUCGUGUUCGUCUCGUAAAACGACCCCGUUUUACUCUCUCCUGAACCUGAACCAUCCCAGCUGCUCAAAACUCCCCGCCGUUUCGCCGCCGAAGGUGGAGUCGAAAACGGCAUGCGUUUCGACGUCGGUCAACGAAGACAACGCGGAGUACUUCCAGCACGAACCGUCGGAUACAGGUCUCUUGCAUGAGAUUGUUCAAGGGUUCCUAAAGUCUCGGAACAAACAACAUUCCGAGAAGAACCCUCCGCCGCCGCCGCCGCCACUGACACUUCAAGAAUCUUCCGGUGACUUCUCAGCCUUCUCCGACGUCUCCUUCGACGUUUACCAACAGACAAAUCCUCACCCGGGCACGGUGAUCAAGAACGAUAGGCUUGAUCGCUAUGGGGAUUUCCAAAACAACGACGCCGGAAUUUUCGCCGGAAAUGGUGGUUUUGUGUACGGAAACGAGAUGGAUUAUUGUCAGGAAACGACCAUGUUCGGAGGUUUUGGUGAUCCUCGCCGGAGUUUAUAA